UUCAUCUUCUAGGCCUCACCACCAUACAAUUCCUUCCUCACAUAAAUCUAUUGCCGCUUUUGGGUUACUAAAAAUGGCUCUCAGAACUCUCUCUGCCAAGAACGCCGCUGCUCUUGACCAAGAGCUCAUGUCCGCAGGCGCGUUCUCAAUCGAUCAAUUGAUGGAGCUUGCUGGAUUAAGUGUCUCACAGGCCGUGUUCAAGUUGCAGCCGCUGAGUAAAGGGAAGCGCAUCUUAGUGGCCUGUGGGCCUGGAAACAAUGGUGGUGAUGGACUCGUUGCGGCUCGACACUUAUUCCACUACGGAUACCAGCCAACAAUUUACUAUCCCAAACAGAGCAAGAACGAUCUCUACCAGCGCCUGACAACCCAACUCCGCGACCUCCGCAUCCCCUUUACCAGUGACUUUGAAACCGCCCUACACCAGACCGACCACAUCGUUGACGCCAUCUUCGGCUUCUCCUUCUCCGGUGAAGUCCGUGAACCCUUCCCAAAAGUCAUCCAGGCACUCCGUGACACAAAACUCCCCGUUCUCGCCGUCGAUGCGCCAUCGUCCUGGAAUAUCGAGAGCGGGCCGCCAGACUCGGGGCCUGGGAAAGGAUUUAUGCCUGAUGCACUGAUUUCACUUACGGCGCCGAAGCCGUUGGUAAAGCGGUUCAAGGGGAGGCAUUUCAUUGGCGGGAGGUUUUUGAGUCCGGAGAUGGCAGAGAAGUAUGGCUUGGAUUUGCCUAAGUAUGAGGGAUUAGAUCAGGUUGCAGAGGUGCCAGCCGGGGAGGGCGAGAAGUUGUGAUGGGAAGAGGAAGACCUAGGAUUUUUGGAACAAGAGGAGUUGGUGAAGGGGCGGGGUGGAAGAUGGAUAGAGUGUAACGAGCUACAAUGACGCGAGGCAUGAGAUUUAAAAGAGAUGGGUUGUCACGUGGUGUUCAAUGAAUUGCAAGGAUAUUUUAAAUGCUUGAUGUUUGGAUCUGCAAUUCAUUGAUAUGUAAGGCUCGUGGAAAGGACUCUAG